AUGGCCGAAACAGGUUUCCCCGGUCAGCACACUACUACCACCACAGUGACUUCAAGCACUACAGUCCAAACAAACAUACGCUUUGACCCCUCAUAUCUUAAAACUAUACCAGGAAUACUCAAAAUUGUUCAAGUGGGAUGCAGUCUUCUCGGCUUCAUUUGCAUCCUGUGCUCUCGACUCAGCGUGAGUAAGGGCGCCUACUUCAGUUGGAUAUCCAUGAUUGCGUUCUGGUUCACCGGCAUCCUACUGGGCUUCUAUUUGUUCCACAUCGUCGAGAAAUUCUACAAGAUCCCAUGGUUGAAGAUUGAGUUCGUGUUCACUGCGCUGUGGACGCUGCUGUACCUGCUGGCCGCGAUAUUGGUCGUGACAGUGGGAGACAGUGCUCACUCGGCCGCUGCGUUCUUCGGUUUCGUGGCGACGGCCGCGUACGCGAUGGACGCGUUCGUGAAGUACCGCGCGGCGCGCGGCGGCGGCCUGGCGCAGGGCGCGCGCGUCGUGUCCAAGCAGACCACGUCGGUGACGCCGCCGCGCGAGGCCUAC